CUUUCCAGUUGGAGGAGAGCAGAUAAGUGCCAUUGGCCGGGGCAUCUGUGUGUUGCUGGGAAUUUCUCUGGAAGAUACGCAAAAGGAACUGGGGCACAUGGUUCGAAAGAUUUUGAACCUGCGUGUGUUUGAGGAUGAGAGUGGGAAGCACUGGUCAAAGAGCGUGAUGGACAAGCAGUACGAGGUGCUGUGUGUCAGCCAGUUCACCCUCCAGUGCGUCCUCAAGGGGAACAAGCCUGACUUCCACCUGGCAAUGCCAGCAGAGCAGGCAGAGGGCUUCUACAACAGCUUCCUGGAGCAGCUGCGAAAGACAUACAGGCCGGAGCUUGUCAAAGAUGGCAAGUUUGGGGCCUACAUGCAGGUGCACAUUCAGAACGACGGGCCUGUGACCAUAGAGCUGGAAUCACCAGCCCCCGGCGCUGCUACCUCUGACCCAAAGCAGCUGUCAAAGCUUGAAAAACAGCAGCAGAGGAAAGAGAAGACCAGAGCAAAGGGGCCUUCUGAAUCAAGCAAGGAAAAAAACACUCCCCGGAAAGAGGACCGCAGUGCCAGUAGCGGAGCCGAGGGUGAUGUGUCAUCUGAGCGGGAGCCGUAGGCUCAGGAGGCUGAGUCCAGUGCAUUGUCAUUGGGCAGAACUGGAUCCUGAAAAAUGCAAGAUGCUAAGCACCUACACUACUUUAAGAAUUUGGAACUGCAACAUGAAAAGGAAGACAGAAAUAAGAAAUUGGGAACCUGAUUAGCCCUGCAAAAAACACCAAAGGACCAUUUUAUCAUCUUCUGUUGUUGCUGUGGUCUAAGGAGGCAGUGGGCGCUGCCAGUGUGGAAAUGCACGGGUGGAGGGUGCACCCUGGGCCCCUGCAGAAAGGGUUUUCUGCUUCUUCCCACCUCUUGGCUGCUUUUGGAACAGGCUAGCCCAACCUUAUUUUUCAUCAAGUCCACUGUGGUGUCCAUGGGGGUCUCUAAUACAUGCUGUCCAUGUCCUUUCUGACACUGGUUUGUAAGCCAGGGCUCAUGUUGAGGUAUAAAGAGAACAAUCAUUGAUGAUAAUGUGUUGUGUGAGACCUUUGCAUCUUGUAAAUUUUCUCUUUUUUCUAAAAAUAAAUGAUAAUAAAAUUCUAAAUCUCAACAAACCA